CAACCCUCCUGAAGUCCUCCUCUUUCGCAGCCCGGCCUUCUCACCACGAGCACGACGCCGGCGACGAGGACCGCCGCCGCCGCCGAACCCUGCCCAAAGCGAGGCAGCCGACGAGCCGGCGGAGAUGCUGCUGGAGGAGCUGCUCCGCUGCCAGAUCCAGGAGUGGUACCCGGCGUUCCGGCGCCACACGGUCCCCACCGCCAUCAUCCCGCUCCCGGCUGCCUUCCUCCGCUACCUCGCCGGCCGGACCGCCUACCCCGACCCCGACGAGGGCGAUCAGGGGCCGCUCCCCUUCGUCCUCCCGACGCUCACCUCCGGCCGCGCGCCCUUCCCGCCGCUCCAGGGCCACUUCCCGGACCCCGUCUCCCUCCUCGACCGCGACAACACCGACCCCCUCUUCGGCGACUCCGACUCCGACGACGAGGGCGAGGGCCUGCUCCCGCCCGCGUUCCCGGAGCUCGAGGCCGCGGUGGACGCCGCCAUCGCCGACCUCGGCGGGGCCGCGCUCCCCAAGCUCAACUGGAGCGCGCCCAAGGACGCCGUCUUCAUGGCCGCCGACGGCACCGUCCGCUGCACCUGCUUCGCCGAGGUCGCCAUGCUGCUCCGCGCCUCCGACUGCGUCGCCCACGACCUCGUCUCCGCGCGCCCCUCCUGCCAGGACUUCGUGCGCGCCAACCGUGUUCGACGGAAUGCCGCAGAGGGUAGUCUGAGUGACCCUGGUGAGAACUGCAGCGAGGUAGGUGCCCGCGGCGGUGGGAGUGAUGCGCCGGAAGAGGAUGCUGAGCAAGAAAGCAGUGAUGAUGCCCGCGGCGGUGGGAGUGAUGCGCCGGAAGAGGAUGCUGAGCAAGAAAGCAGUGAUGAUGAUGAGACUUGGGUGGACGACGGGUUCCAGUACUACCUCGCGCUCCGCAAGUGGUACCCAGGCCUCCGCCCCGAGUCGGAGUUCCGCUGCUUUGUGCGGGGGCGGAAGCUGGUCGGUGUGUCGCAGAGGGACCCGUCUGCCUACUACCCUUCUCUGCCUGGGUGGAGCGCUGAGGUACAGCCCAAGAUCGAGGAUUUCUUCGAAGAAUUCAUCGAGCCACAGUUUGCUUCAGAGAAUUACACGUUUGAUGUGUAUGUGAGAGCCGAUGGUCGGGUGAAGCUGAUCGACUUCAAUCCUUGGGGCGGCUAUACCCUGCCGCUGCUGUUCACAUGGGAGGAGCUUGAGGAGGAGCAGAGAGCAGAGGACGAGCUGGAGUUUCGAGUGGUGAUGCAGCAGGGUGCGGUGAGGCCAGGGUUAAUGACAGCAAUUCCGUAUGAUAUGCUGGAUUGGGGGGAUGGCAGUGGCUGGGAUGUGUUUCUGAAGAAGGCUGGCAAUGAGCUCGACAGACAGAUGGCAUCAUUAGGUGUGGAUUCGUAGUUACGGCCUACAGCAAGGUGCUCGAGUGCUCCAGUAGGUGAACAAGUGAAGUGGUGGCUCUUGGUAAUGUUUCAUCUGUCGAACACUUAGAAGUAACAGUUUUCUUCAGAUUGUGAUGCAACCUCAUGGUACUUGUUUUUCUGUUUCCCGGGACUUUGUAAUGCUAAGUUGCUAGUAUGGGAUUACCUCUUGUUGCUUCAUUUCAGUUAUAUCUUCAGAUAUUUACAGAAACGUAUUUGUAGUGGAGUUUGUGGCCCAUGGCUGAAAUUGCAGCAGAUCUCUUAUAUCUCUUAAACAUGAAUACACCCCCUAUAUUUC